AUGAAAGUAGGCGCUUUUGAACUUCAGGAACCCCUUCCCGAACUACGGGAUCCCCACGUAUUCGCGAUGAUUCGCCCGUGGGUCGACGUCGGCAGUGUCGGCACGUUGACCCUGAACCGCUUGGAAAGAUACCUGGGCUCCAAGGAAUUGGGCAGGUUGCAUCGGCCUGGCGAAUUCUUCGAUUUCACCCGGUAUCGCCCCAACAUGCGUUUGGUGGACAACGAGCGGCGAGUGCGCGUUCCGAAUAGCAUCAUCAGGUAUGCGACAACCGAAAACGGCCCGGACUACCUGUUUUUCCAUCUUCGUGAGCCCCACGCCAACAGCGAGACGUAUACUGACUCGAUCCUGGAGGUCGUGGAGAAAUUCAACGUAAAACGAUACUGCCGACUGGGAGCAAUGUACGACGCGGUGCCCCACACGCGCCCAUUGCUGGUCACCGGCGCCCUCGGUUCGGUGCCACAACUGCGGUCGGUACCCAAUCUGAAACUGCGCGGGAGCACCUACCAGGGCCCCACGACGAUAAUGAACUUGGUGUCCGACGUAUGUCCAAUUGGACGAGGACUAUAA